UCUCUCACCUACAUGACAGAAACUGAGACGCUUCACACAGUCACAAAGCUCUUCUUUCAGUCCACGCAGGAACGCCAUGGAGGAGACAGCGGAGAAAACUCCUGUCGAGGCUUACAGCACUCUGAAGCCCAAAGGACUGAUGAAGAUGAAGAAAACGGCGCUCGUAGCCUUCAUCGCCGGAGCUGCUCUGCUGCUGUUCGGAGGAGUCGGAGCGUUUUACCUGUGGAAAGUUACAGAGAAAGAAGCAAUCAGCGCUCACCUGGGCAGAAACAUCGAUAUAAAGAUUGAAGAUGAUUCAGAUUCUGCAGAGGGGAAAAUCGUGGAAGUUCAAGACUUUAAAGCUGGCAUCACCGCAGUCAAGUUUCCCGGAAAAGAGAAAUGCUUCAUCAAAUCACAAGCCAGAACGGAACUUUCUGAGGUUGAAGCCGGAGUGAAAGCUGAAGUGGCGUCUCUGGUCUGGAUCACUUCUGAAGAGCCACUGAAGGACAGCAGCUUCCUGAGCCCCGAAAUACUGCGAUUCUGUGCAGAUCUGCCCAUUUACUGGCACCACCCCGCAAACUCCAGAGCGCUGAGGAAGAGGAGGAGCGUGACACGAAUGAGACGCCAGACUUCAGCUGGAAUAAAUCGACAACCGGCCAGACGGAGAAACUCCACAGCUUCAGCCAGAGACGAGAGACCCACAGGGCCCGAAUACAACCCAGAGAACCCCUAUCACCAGCAGAACCAGGGUUCGGAGGGCACCAUGGUGUUCGACCCCAUGCUGGAUCAUCGUGGGAUCUGCUGUACUGAAUGUCACCGCAGCUACACUCACUGCGAGCGGGUGUGCGAGCCUCUGGGUGGUUACUGGCCCUGGCCCUACAACUACCACGGCUGUCGGCCUGUCUGCAGACUCAUCAUGCCCUGCCGCUGGUGGGCCGCUCGCGUGAUGGGACUGGUGUAGGAGAUUCAGACGCUUCACAGAUAAUUACAUUUCAGCCCCAGUGAGGGAUUUCAACAAGUAAAUGUGCAUUUAGAGAAUGCCAGACAUGGGUGCAAAGCUAAAGUAAAUGCUUUACUUAAGAGUUGGUCUUGUUUCUAGUCCAAAUAUCUAGAAAAUCUUAAAUCAAGAAGCUUUUAUAGAGAAACAAAAAAAUAUGUUGUUGUUUACAGAAAUAAUGAGUCAAAAUGAACCGCAAAACUGCCAAAAACGCUUUUCUGUCUCAGAGUUUGUCUUCAAAUAUCUUGAAAGUAUUUAAUCACGAACCAUUUUCUUAGACAAGCUAGAAUAUUUUGUUGUUUUCAGGAAUAAUGAGUCAAAAUGAACUGCAAAACUGCAAUAAAGUGUUUUUUGUCUUGGA